UUAUUGGUCUCUGCUCUGGAUGUCACUGCGGUAACCUCAAAAUUAUUAUCAAUAAAUGAUAAUAGUUACUGUUAAAAAUGUUAACCGGCUUCACAGCCCGUUUGGAUAAUUUAAAAAGUACUAUCCUCACACUAAGUAAACGCAAAUCCUUCAAAUAUGGUUUACCCUUUGUAGUGUUUGUCGUAGGAGGAUCUUUUGGGCUUAAAGAAUGGACACAAAUUCGCUAUCAAUUUUCAAAGGUAAAAGGUGUAAGUAAAGAAGAAGCUGAAAAAAUGGGCUUGCACAAAGAUAAAAAGGUGACCUUGGAAGAUACGUACGAGGAAAUUCAAAAACUAGACAUAGACAACUGGGAAAACAAAAGAGGACCACGACCUUGGGAAGAAAACGUAGAUGCGAAAACACAAAAAUAAAUAUAUUUUUACAUUUUAAAUAGUCUUUGUGUACAGUAGCAUAGUGGAUACAUUAUUGAAAUAAGCAAUAAGUUGUACAGGUAGCUUAUAAACAAAUAAAUUAAUUUAUUGUGAUU